GAAUCUUACCCAUCUUCUUCACCAAUAUGGUUUGUGGACUCUGAUGACCCAAAUCUGACGUCAGUUCUGGAACGUCUAGAAGAUACUAAGAACAACAAUUCGCUUCGGCAGCAGCUGAAGUGGCUGAUAUGUGAACUCUGCAGAUUGUAUAACCUCCCGAAGCACCUGGAUGCCGAGCUGCUAGAUCAGCCCCUGCCCACGGGCCAGAAUGGGACGACAGAGGAAGUGACCUCAGAAGAGGAGGAGGAGGAAGAGAUGGCUGAAGAUAUAGAAGACUUGGAUCACUACGAAAUGAAGGAAGAAGAGCCUAUCAGUGGGAAGAAGUCAGAGGAUGAAGGAAUUGAAAAAGAAAAUUUGGCGAUAUUGGAGAAAAUUCGGAAGACGCAAAGGCAAGACCACCUAAAUGGUGCGGUGGCUGGGUCAGUGCAAGCCUCAGACAGGCUGAUGAAAGAACUCAGGGACAUAUACCGAUCACAGAGUUACAAAACAGGGAUUUACUCAGUGGAGCUCAUAAACGACAGCUUAUAUGACUGGCAUGUUAAACUCCAGAAGGUCGACCCUGAUAGUCCUCUGCACAGCGAUCUUCAGAUCUUAAAAGAAAAAGAAGGCAUAGAAUAUAUUUUGCUUAACUUCUCUUUUAAGGAUAACUUUCCAUUCGAUCCUCCAUUUGUUCGAGUGGUGUUACCUGUUCUCUCAGGAGGGUACGUGCUGGGUGGAGGAGCACUGUGUAUGGAACUUCUCACUAAACAGGGCUGGAGCAGCGCCUACUCGAUAGAAUCGGUCAUCAUGCAGAUCAACGCUACCCUCGUGAAAGGCAAAGCCAGAGUGCAGUUCGGAGCAAACAAGAAUCAGUAUAAUCUAGCAAGAGCCCAGCAGUCCUAUAAUUCCAUUGUACAGAUACAUGAGAAGAAUGGCUGGUACACCCCUCCAAAGGAAGACGGCUAAAUGGUUGACUGUCGUAUGUUUGGACCACUGUCGCUUUAAAGGAAAUCUUUCCAACAUGCAGACGCAGCCUUGCGUGCCCCUGUAACAGCAGCCCCGAAGAUGUUAGCUCUAGACAUUUUAGUGGAUAAUCCGUAAACUGGCAUCCAGCAUAAGUCACACAGCCUUCUCAUUUUGCUCAUCUUAGGCAUCUCGUACUGAGCAGUGGGGCCUCUUCUGUACUCUUCCCGAUAAACACACACACUGGCCUCACUUUGGCAUCUCUUUUCUUGAGACGUGGGAUCUUUUAAACAGGCAGGUCACCAUCGGUCUACCGAAGUGUCUUCAGGGCAGCCCUGCUACACUGAGCCCCUGGGCUAUGAGCGUUUGCACUAGAUCAUUCCAGUUAAAAGUUUAAUCAAUGUUCAAUAUCGGUUUAGAGUACGUAAGGUCUUCCAGAUCCCAGUAGCUCUAUCAGGUCUAAAACCAUUUUAUGAUAUUGCCAAAAUAAAGAGAGGAAACCUGCUCAUUAAAUUGCCACAUUUGUUUUAUGGCUGUGAGAAGCUAUGACUCGCUUCCUGAAGAUGCGCUCUCGAUUGAGUUGUACUGGACUUUUUAAGCAAAGGAGGCUGUGCCAAUUAAGGCUCGUAAGUAGGAACUCCCACGGGGCCUCCGAGUCUUGCUGGGCUGAAUCUGCUGCUUGUUGGUUCACUAUUUCUUAAGAAGGGCCACAGUAUAAAGCUUGAAGUUAUUGAAAAUACUAAGUCAUUUUACAUUUCCAUUUUAUCCAUGGGGCGUUGCAAUCAUUUGUAAACUAAUAAACUUAUAAAGUGAUUGGCACAAAGACAGACUCCUUGAGCAAAAGCCGCACAGUUAAGUACAAAAAGAUGCCUCCUCUGGAGACUUGCAGAGUGUGCUCGGGUCCUAACAGUGGCUUUGACACUGACGGAUGAAUAGGAGCACUCCACGUGUCCUGUUUUACCAAACCUGGCUCAGAUGGUUGUACUGUCCAUUUUAUUGCCUUACCUAAACCGGUCGUUUUUCGUUAAUAAAAUUUUUAUAUACCCAAGUUUGAUUUAAAGGUAAAUUCUAGUUAUUAAGCACUUUUAAAAAGAAAUUCAGAAGCACAUUUUUUUUUUCCUGCACAAAACCAGUUACAAAGUUCAAAAAAUGUUUCUUACGCAUUUGCCUUAAGAUUCCAUUUUUUAACUUUGUAAAACAUAUCCAAGAGACUUGGCACUUCUGCAUUAUUGUAUGUUUUGGUUUCUUUUGGUUCUCUUUUAGUUAAGAGGAUGGUGGAUAAAGGUAUUCUGGCAUUCUUGUUCACUUGGCUCCAUUUGUAUAAAGUUUUGAUUGCCAGUUGGUCAGAUAAGUGACAAGGUCGAAUUCUUUAAAGCGUUAAAGUUCCUUACACCUCAGGCUAAGUCUUGGAUACGUUAUCGAAUUCUUUAAUAUCCUGAUGGCUAGCAGACUAUGCUGCACAUUUGGCAUGCUUCGUUUUCUUGGAUUUUAUUUUUCAUUGCGGAUUUAUUUGGCAAUGUACAGUAAAUUUUGUAAACUUGCAUCAAGUUUAUGAAUAAAGAACCAUUUAAACAA